AUGGCUACACGUAGGUCUGCCCGGAUCAGUGCUGCCGCCGAGGCCAUGCCUCCGCCUCCGCCGCCCGUCCGGUCCAGGAAGAGAAAGACGGCCCCCGAAACAACAGAGGAAACCGCUCAACAGCUCGAAACCCCAUCCACUCCUCAAAGGCGUCGAGUCAAACCCAAGAAGGCUGCUGCGCCACCACCUGCGACUCCCACGCCCAGCAAUGCAAAGUUGAUCGGGGAGCCCGCCACCGGCGCCAAUCCCUCGGUCACCACGCCCAAGCCCAAGCCGGCAGCAGUGGAGCGGCUGGCCAACCCAGAAGUCAGCAACGCUACCUUGCUCUCACCCGAGACUUCGCGGAUAGUAGCUGCCAAAUCCCUAGACGAGGUUUCGCCGUCCAAGGCCGAAGUUGCGCGGACCACGACGGCAAAUAUCCUUAAGCAGGCAUGUGACCACCUGAUCAAGGUCGACCCGCGCAUGAAGCCGCUGAUAGACAAACAUCACUGCCGGGUCUUUUCCCCCGAGGGACUCGCCGAGGCCAUUGAUCCCUUCGAGGCCUUAUGCUCGGGCAUCAUCAGCCAGCAGGUAUCGGGCGCAGCCGCCAAGGCCAUCAAGAAACGCUUCAUUGAUAUAUUUCCACACCUGGAGAAAGAAGGGGCCAGAUUCCCGCAUCCAAAGGACGUGGCAGGUACCAAGAUGGACGUUUUGCGGACAGCCGGUCUGAGCCAGAGAAAGGCCGAGUACAUUCAGGGCCUCGCUGAGAAGUUCGCCACACAUGAGCUCUCGACGGAGUUCUUCCGAACCGCGCCAUAUGAAGAGGUCGUUGAGAAGCUCAUUGCCGUGCGCGGCCUGGGCCUUUGGAGCGUGGAGAUGUUUGCUUGCUUUGCCCUCAAGCGUUUGGACGUGUUUUCGGUGGGUGACUUGGGAGUUCAGAGGGGCAUGGCUGCUUUUAUAGGGAAAGAUGUGAACAAGCUGCGUAAUGGAAACGGGAAAUGGAAGUACAUGAAGCAGGCCGACAUGGAGGCCAUGGCUGAGCCUUUCCGGCCAUAUAGAAGCGUCUUUAUGUGGUACAUGUGGAGAGUCGAAGAGACUGAUAUCAGUACACUAGAGUGA